AAAUCUGAGAAAUAAUGAAAUCCAGAAAAUUGAUGUACGAACCUUCCAGGAUCUUACCAAUUUAAAGGAAUUAGAUCUGAAUAAGAAUGAAAUCAAGGAGAUUGAUAAACACACCUUUGAAAGCCUCGCCAACUUAGAGAAAUUAGAUCUGGGUAGGAAUAAAAUCACGAGUAUUGACGUACAAACCUUCCAAACGCUUUUGAGAUUGUUGAAAUUAUAUCUGAAUAAUAAUAAAAUAACGAAUAUCAAAAAAGGAACCUUCCAAAACCUUUCUAAGUUAGCGUUUUUAUAUCUGAGUGGCAAUAAAAUCACAGAUAUUAAAGAAGGCACCUUCCAAAAUCUUACCAAUUUGCUGCAUUUGGAUCUGCCGAGUAACGAAAUCACUCACAUUGAAGAACAUAUGUUUCACGGUCUGAACAAUUUAAAUCACUUAAGCUUAAAUAUUAAUAAUGCGACGAGUAUUGAAGAACGAACCUUCAGAAAUCUUACCAAAUUGACAAGUUUAUACCUGAAUGGUAACAAAAUCAUGAAAAUUGAACAAGGCACAUUCGAAAACCUCACCAAUUUACAGUAUUUAUACCUGAAUGAUAACAAAAUCAUGAAAAUUGAACAAGGCACAUUCGAAAACCUCACCAAUUUAGUGUAUUUAAUUCUGGGUAAUAAUAAAAUCUCAAAUAUUGAAAACGGAACCUUUCAAGACCUUACCAAUUUGCGGUUUUUACAUCUGAACCAGAAUAGAAUCACGGACAUUGGAGGAGGAACUUUCCAAAACCUCACCAAUUUGAAUGAUUUAGAUCUGAGUGAAAAUAAUAUCACGAAUAUUGAAAGAGGAACCUUUCAAGACCUAUCCUAUAUUAUUUUUCUAUAUCUGAAUCUUAAUAAUAUCACAUAUAUCGAAGAAGGGGCUUUCCAGAAUCUUCCCAGAUUGAAUAUGCUAUAUCUGGAUCACAAUAAUAUCUCGAGUAUUAAGAAAGGGACCUUCCAAAACGUUCCCAGUAUAAUUACACUAAGCCUGAGUCAUAAUAAUAUCAUGAAUAUUGAAACAGAAAUCAGCCCAAAUCUUCCCUACGUAGGACAAUUAUAUCUGAGUCAUAAUCAUAUAACAAAUAUUAAGGAGGGAACAUUCCAAACUCUUCUCACAACGUGGUCAUUACAUCUGAAUCAUAAUAAUAUAACACGUAUUGAGGAAGGAGCCUUCCGAGGCCUCACCGGAUUGCGGAAAUUAGAUUUGAGUAAUAAUAAAAUUACGAAUAUUGAAGAAGGCACCUUCGAAAUCCGGAACAGGUUGGAAGAACUGGAUAUUGAAGAAGGCAUCAUCAGAAUCCAUAACAGGUUGGAAGAACUAUAUCUAAGUAAUAAUAGUAUCACGAAUAUUACAGAAGAAUCCUUCCAGAACCUUCGCAUGAUGCGCCUAUUAAAUCUAAGUCAUAAUGGUAUCAUGAGUAUUGAAGAAGGAAUCUUCGAAAAUCUUCCUAAUUUACGGAAACUGGACCUGAGACAUAAUAAUAUCACGAACUUUAGAGAAGCAAUCUUCCAGAACAUUAACUAUUUGGAGGAAAUUAACCUCAGAGGCAACAACGUGUCGAUGUGUGGAUGUCAGCUGACAGCCGUUGUUAGCAAUAGGACAAGAACAUACAUCAAAAAUGUGGACGUCCUGGCCGAGUGUCAGUCAGAUUCAGGCAAUAACGAAAGCAAAGUAAUAACACUGGAAUAUCCGCAAUGUAAAAAUUCAAGUUCUGGCAAUGAAGUAAAUGUGGAGAACAUCAGGAGCGAACUUACAGAUGAAAAGUAAAA